UAUCAAAAUAUUUUGCAGUGCAUUGCAAUGAAAUUAAAUUCUUUUCUGAGAAAAGCAAUUGAACUAUGUAUUGUACUUUACACUUGCCAUAAUCAUGAUACAUGUUAUUUUGUUCAUAUCAGUUAAAUGCCAUUCAAGCACAGUGUCAAUCUCGUAUGUGUUAUCUUUUAUCGCCGCCAUUUUAACACGUUACAUAUAGUUUUUAUCCUAUCGAAUUGGUGUGAACCAGUUUCUUAGGUUUUGAGUUUAAUAGACAUUUUACAUUCUAGCAAACUGAUAAGGAUGAUAAAAAUGCUGUAAAAACCUGACAACAGAGCAGUGUAAGUUUAACUGGAUCAGGCGGAAGGGAAGGUAGACUGCCUGUUUUGCAGUUCUAUGGAUAAACUAUUGCAGAAACUUUCUAAAAUGUUCGGCAACAAGAAAAACAAAACAACAGCCAUUGUGAUCGGUGCUGGCAUGAGGGGAUAUGGUUAUUCUUAUUACCAAAGGAUAAAACCAGACAGGUUCCGGGUCAUUGCAGUAGCAGACCCCAAAAAAUACCAAAGAGAGAAGCUGCAGACUCUCUGUGGCAUUUCCGACGACAUGGCGUUUAAAGAUUGGAGGGAAGUGGUAGAGAGGGAGAAGUUUGCUGAAUGUGUGAUAAUCUGUACCCAAGACAAGCUACACAAGGAACCAACAGUGGCGUUUGCCAAGAAAGGGUACCACAUAUUAUUGGAAAAACCAAUGGCGACUACAGAGGAGGACUGUCGGGAGAUUGUCCGAGUCUGCAAAGAAAACAAUGUCUUCUUGACGGUCUGCCAUGUUCUCCGAUACACGCCCUGGGUCAGGAAAAUCAAGGAACUGAUAGACAGCGGGGCCAUUGGAGACGUGGUCAAUAUUCAACAUCUAGAACCUGUAGGAUACUGGCAUUUUGCCCAUUCCUACGUGAGAGGAAAUUGGCACAAUGAAAGCGAGAGUUCUCCAUCCUUACUGGCUAAAUGUUGCCAUGACGUCGACCUCGUGUGUCAUUGGAUGGGAGAAAGGAAGUGCCAGAGAGUGUCCUCUUUUGGACAUCUGAGUCAUUUUAACAAGGAAAAUAAAGUACGUAACAACACAGCGAUAAAUUUCACAAAAUUAACAUAUGGCACGGAUACAGUCAAAACAGUUUGGCGAAUGCAUAAAAUCAUACAUGAUUCAUGUAUAGAUGUAAGAAUCAUCUGUAUAAUGUUAAAUUUUUAUUAUGUUUGUUGCUACAUUGUAUGUUUUCAGCCAAAGAAGGCAGCCAACAGGUGCUUGGAAUGUCCAAAGGAAUUGGAGUCCAAGUGUCCCUACUCAGCAAAGAAAAUUUACAUUGAAGAUGGCAUUAAAGCUUCAAACACGGGUUGGCCUGUAUUUGUACUAACAGCAGGACCCCCUGACAUAGAAAACGUGACGGAAGCCCUACGGACUGGGCCGUAUGGACGAUGUGUUUAUGACAUGGAUAAUGACGUCAUGUCACAACAGGUAGUUAACAUGCAGUUCACUGUUGGGGCCACAGCUUCAUUGUCAAUGAUAGGGUUCACAGGAUCAGUGUGUACAAGGGAAGUCAAUGUGUUUGGAACAAAGGGUGAGAUCAGAUAUAAAGAUGGGGAUGAGAGUGUUUCGCAAGUUGACUUUACAACAAGACGAAGGUACAAACAUAAACUUGAGAGCAAAAGUGGACCACUCUCAGGGCAUGGGGGUGGAGACCAGGUUCUGAUAGAGAGCUUUGUGAGUGCCAUCUAUCAUAAAGACUUCUCCAAAAUCGACACGGGAGCAGACGAGACACUGGCCAGCCAUCUUGUUGUGUUUGCUGCAGAGAAAGCCCGCAAAGAAAAUCGUGUUGUAACCAUCAAUGAAGACAUGUCGUUCGAAUGACGUCAUUAUUAAUAGUGCCCUAUAAAUUGUUAAGAAAACACAUGUACAUAAUGAAAAUUAUUUAAAGAAUGGUUAUAACUUUUGUAGACAUUAUACUGCAUUCGAAGUAGUGCAGAGUUUAUAUGACUGUCUAAAAAUGUCUUCGAGUUUAUUUUAUAGGGACUUUUACAAGUUAACUAAGUAUUGUAUACAUAACCAGGAAAAAACAAGCACUAAAAUAUGAAUUUUUAAUAAAACAAAACAAUAAAUAUA